CAUGCGCACCAGCCAGGUACCUUCAUGCCGUUGAGGGGCUCUUCAUCCAUGGAACUGGACCUAUCCUCCCCUUCCUUGGAUCGCACCUGAUCGCCCAGAAGAUGCACGAUCCCCUACGGGUUUAACUCUCACCUAAUGAGUGUAAUAAUGAUAACUGGCGCAGGUGAGAAGAGGACACAAGUACGGAGGAGCAACUAAGACACUGCCAACACCCUGCCCACUGCCCUGCCCUGACGUACCCACGGGUACUUCAGCAGUUUAUAAGUCAAUUGGUAUAGUGUAUGCCCAGGAGAGGUCAGCCAGCUGGAUGGUGUCGCCAGUAUGUCUGUGUCGCCGCGCCUGGACUUCAUUUGUAAAUGCCGACAAAAUACAAAUUGUGAGACGUGUAGUGGAGUUUCUCACAAGUUUAGCACCACUAACAACACUGGUCAUCAUUCUGUUACUCAGUUAUUAUUCAUAUCAGCUCCUGGAAGCUAGCGGUGUGAACACUAUCAUUGUGUACUUCUUCAGCAUUGAAAUUUUUGGAAAUUGGCUGCUAUUUUUCUGCACCAAGAGCUACAUUGACAAUCCUCUGGGAAUAGGAAGUGUUGGAGUUAUACACCUAUCUUCUCUGGUCAUCCCAGCGCACAUAGUUGAACUGGCUCCUGGUUUGUCUCAUGAUGACUGCAAGCAGCUCCGUUACUGUCCAACAUGUAAGAUCUACAAACCUGAACGCAGCCACCAUUGUUCCCUUUGCGACCGUUGUAUUCAUCAGAGAGAUCAUCACUGCUUCUUUCUUGGUACAUGUGUUGGAGGAUACAAUCUGUGCUACUUUAUCCUCUUCUGCUUUUAUGCUUGUGUAGGGUGUAUUUUUGCAGCAAGAUUGCUCCAUGGUUAUUACUCAGGGACGUACUUGAGAGCCUUCUGGUCAUCAGAAUUUCUGUAUUAUUUUUACCCUGUCACUCUUGUCAUGUGGCUAUUAGGGAAGGCACAGUUGGCUGAGGUGGGGUGGGUGACUUUGCUGUAUGUAUCUACAGCUUCAGUUGUAUUCACUGGUUUUUGUGUAGUGCAACAACUGGUGUAUGUCCUCAGAGGCCAGACUGCUUAUGAAUAUAACAAAGGUCUGCUCAUGGUACAUCGAUCAGCAUUUCACAACUUUCUUCAUGUGUUUGGCCGCUAUUGGAUUCUUCACAUUCUCAUUCCCUUUCCGCGACGACGCAACAUCACAGAUCCCCGAAGCUUCCUCAAAAUUGUUUGAGGGCAUGCAAUAGUAUGAGCAGUAUGCUAAUAUCUCCCAGUUCAGUGUUGACAUUUGACUCUUGUAGAAGCACAUUCCUAAAUAUUCAGAAGACCAUCAUGUUGAAGUUUCUGAAGCUAAAUAGUCAUCCCUCUAAUAUUCCAGAGUGAUGUAGUGUACAUGUAUUAGAAAGUCUAAGGAGAAUAUUUAUUGAAAUUGUGUCUUAUGCAGGUAAGAUUAAUUACAAAUUAUUUAAUAAUUUCUUUUUAUUUGUUAAAAUUAAUCCUCUCAAAACACACUUGCUAGCAUUUUCUGGCAUUGGUACCAUGAGAGAGAGAGUAUCUUCCCUCCAUAAUGAUCUUCCACAUAUUCUUGGCAGCUGGAAAUAUAUGAAAAUUAAUGUACUGUAUUUACUUUUAAUAUCAUGUAUCAUCUGUUGUAUGUUUGUCAGUCAUGAAUAUGAAUGACCCAAAUUGUUCUUAAAAUAUUAAGUUAAUCAUUAAUAAUUACUGAAAAAGGUGUAAACAUUAAAAAAUAUUGGUGAGCUAUUAUCAAAAAGGAAGAUUUAUGUAUACUUCUAUGCAUGUAAGAAUGCAUUAUAUCAAUAUCAUACAUAUCGUAAUAUUAGUCAAGAACUUUGAAGCCUGGUCUAAAGUAUUAUUUUAGUAUCAUCGUAUUGGCACAUUUGAAGAUUACCUUAGAGAUAUUUUGGGAAUACUGUGAAAACAGUAUCAUCUCAGUGAUAUCCAUUUUGCCUUUCCCAUAUGGCUUAAGAUGGUGUUGUCCAUUUAGCAUUCCUUACAAAUAAAUUAUAUUUUAAAAAAUAUAUCAUUUUUAUCAUAUCUGCACUGUGAAUGGAUUGCUAAUGACUAGUGUUUAUGCUUUCAGUUUCCCAGGUAUUGCUUUGAGAAGCAGCAAGAUAUAUACUCAACACUAACAUGUUUCUUACAUGGAAAGAUCUACAAUACAAAUUAAAUCAACAGAAUUUCUUGCAUAUUGGCACUUUUUUUUUCUUGUCUUGACUUGGUUGGAACUCCCUGUGUCUCUGAAAUUCGGUGACUGUAAUUGCCCAUUACAUAUACUAUUCUGUAAUUUGGUCAAGGUCACCAUCAAACACAAGUCUUAAAACUUAAACAUUAAAUUUUCUUAUCCAGUCAAUCUUUUUUUUUUUUCUUUGAGAAUACAUAUUACACUGACAAUAACACAGUAUAUUGCUGCUGGAAUUUGAAAGGGUAACAUUUAUGAAGGGAUUUAGGGAACUCUGGUAGCCAGACAUGAAUUCUGGAGGUGGGAAAUACAGUGCCUGCACUUCAGUGGUGGAGUGAGAAUGUUGCAGUUCUGAAGGCCAUCUCAACUGUGAUAUUAACAUGCUUCUGUCAAGGCAGUGAUUUAGUGAAUGACAGAUAAUAUAUUUCCUCUUUUUUGGUCACCUCACCUCAGUGGGGAGACUGCCAGUGUUUAAAAAAAUAGUUGCCAAAGUUCCGUAUUUUUCAGUUAGAUUCUCAGAUUUUGUAAACUUUCUGCAUUGCUCAAUUUAAACAUGAUCACCUGACCAGGUUUUAGAGGAAGCAACAAGUACUGACAAUAGUCUUUUAUGAUAGCUACUGGCAUUUUGGUUACCCACCACCACCACCAUUUACAUGCUGCACCUUGCUGCUUGCCAGUACAUAUUUAGAUGAAUUUAUUCAUUUAGUCGAAGAACAUGAUUUAACUCUGAAUCAAACAUAUUCUGCUGAUAAGAUGAUUAUUUUGAAAGGCAUCGUAUGAGAAAUCCUUGAUUGGGUUGGAGAGGCAUACACAAAUAUCCUGCACAAAGGAGAAAGAAACUUUAUGAUGAUGUUUCUAUCUGACUUGGACCAUUAACUAGUCAGUGGUCAUAAAGUUUGUUUCUCCUAUUUGUGGGUUGUUUGUGUAUUGCUCCAGUCAAAGUAUGGUGCCUUUGUGUUUUUUUUUUUUGGAGAGGUGUUGUAGGAUAUUCUCUCAUUUAUAGUAAUGAGAAAUCCAUGGAUGGGCUAAAAGUAUCCAAAGAAAGUUUAACAGAUUUGAUCUAUGCAGUGCAGUUGUUACACAAAUGCAAACUACUUUUAAAUGGAAAAUAUGCUAAUCCACGAAUGCUAAGGGGUGUAAGAAUGAUACCAGUUCUAACAAGGAAAACAAGAAGACAUUAUUGAUAACGACAAGGGACCAUUGUAGAAAACCAGGGCUCUCUAAUGAUGGCAAACUUUUGCUGAUACUUGACUACUCCUUUGCUCACCUACCUGCUGAAAAGUUGGUGCUACAGAGUGUUGUUGAACGUACAUAUCACUUAAAUAUAUAGCCCUGAUCCCUUGGAUCAAGAGUGCUUCUGGUCGUCAUAUGUCCAAAUUGCUGGUGAAGGAUUGUAUAAUUUUUAUCCGCCAUUGGGUUUAGUGCAGGCAGAACCCUGCUAUGGGUAUUUUAUGUUGAUGGCAUUGAACCAUCAAUCUUCAAAUGUAUUUGGCAAUUAACUUGUGGGAAACAAAACAAGCAGCAUCCAUUUUAUCUGUUGCCUGGAGACCUGGAGAGAGUUCCGGGGAUGAAUGCCCCCGUGGCCCGGUCUGUGACCAGGCCUCCUGGUGGAUCAGAGCCUGAUCAACCAGGCUGUUACUGCUGGCUGCAUGCAGUCCAACGUACGAGCUACAGCCCGGCUGGUCAGCCAUUGCAGUGUUUAAAAUAAUUUUUUAUUUUUAACACAGCUUCUAUUUCCCACUAAGACAGCGUGUCCUAAAAAAGAAGAAACAUAAAGCUUUUCUUCUUUUUACUCUUAAUGAUUGAUACAGGUGAAUGGGAUACUAGCCUCUUGCUUCCAGCAUUUUUUUUAGCCACCUCAUAUGACACACAUGGCUUAUGGAGGAAGGAAUCUUCACUUCCCCAAUGAGAUUAAAAAACAACAUAUUUACUUUUUUUAAUUUAUAAGGAAGCCAAUAGAAAACUGCAUAUUACACACAAUAAUUGUCCUCAACAAAGAUAAAAAGAUACACACAAACAUCUCGUGCAUCAUGUAUUCAGCAUUUUAUUCAACCACUACUACUACUACUAUACUAUUACUUCCACUACCAGCAUUACCACUAAUGCUCCUACUUUUUCUUCUUCUCUGUCCCCUCACCUAUAUAUACUGGCUCUCUCACUCUUUUGUGUUAGCGUGACUUUGUAAAUGGUCCAGGUCUGACCGAAAUGUUGUCAUAAGCUUCUCUCUCUCUCCUGUGUAGUUAUUUGUGUAUUGUUCCUGUCACAGUAUUAUGCCUUUUUGUUCUUUAUUCAGUUGGGUUUUAUUUGUGUUAGUCUCUAACUUCCCUGUUCCUCCUCUUAUAUACAGUACCUGCCAUUCUGCAACUUAAGAUAAGAUAAGAUAAGAUUUUGUUCGGAUUUUUAUCCCCGGAGGGUUAGCCACCCAGGAUAACCCAAGAAAGUCAGUGCGUCAUCGAGGACUGUCUAACUUAUUUCCAUUGGGGUCCUUAAUCUUGUCCCCCAGGAUGCGACCCACACCAAUCGACUAACACCCAGGUACCUAUUUGCUGCUAGGUGAACAGGACAAUAGGUGUAAGGAAACGUGUCGGAAUUUCCACCCGCCGGGAAUCGAACCCGGGCCCUCCGUGUGUGAAGCGGGAGCUUUAGCCACCAAUAUGAUUCUAUAUAGGUAACUGUACUCAAUUUCAUGAGGUCAGAGACUACAUACUUUGUUCAUGAUUCAUUAGUAUUCACAUGUUUUUUGUUUUUGUUCUUCCAAUGUACUGGCCGUCUCCCACCAAGGCAGAGUGACUCAAAAAAAUAAAAGAGAGUUUGGGGAAUUCCAUAAUUUAAUUACAUUUAGGGGACUUUUUAUCUCCCCAAGGUAAUUUCAGAUUGUCUGUUUGCAAUUUCUUGUUUUGCCGAAAAAAAGUGUAUCAAGAAAUUCAGUUGUUUCUGCUAAUACAGUAUUUUUUAUAAUUAUAUGUAUGAUGCUGUAUAGUAAUAUUUUUUAAUCAGUUUGUAUAAUUUAUGUAUUAAAUAUUCAUAUAAAUGACAGUUUAAUGACAUGUAUAAAAGAGCUGUCAGAAUAAACAACAUAUCUUCGUGUAUUAAAACGGAUAGAGAGAAAUUGAGUCCAGUAAAAAUAAAUUUGUUUUUUUUAAUUUCUUGUAAUGAUGGUCAUGAGAAACAAAAAAUAAUUUGGAAGUAAAGAAAAAAUGCUUAAUUUUCAGGUGUUAACUGGUAUUAAAUGUUGAACUAUAAUCACAAGAAUUUUUCUCUUAAAUUCUUGUUUCAAUAUUACAUUCCUUUGAACAAUGUGAGGGUUAAAUGUAUGUCAUGAAUAUUUACCAUUGUAAAAUUUACAUGGCUUGUAGUUGCUAUUGGGCAUCUUAUAUGUACUGAGAUUUUUUUUUUUUUUUUCAACAAGUCGGCCGUCUCCCACCGAGGCAGAAAGAAAAUCCCCAAAAAGAAAAUACUUUCAUCAUCAUUCAACGCUUUCACCACACUCACACAUUAUCACUGUUUUUGCUGAGGUGCUCAGAAUACAACAGUUUAGAAGCAUAUACAUAUAAAGAUACACAACAUAUCCCUCCAAACUGCCAAUAUCCCAAAAUUUGCUGAAAUACCCUAGCACAGUGAUACCCCAGGUACACCUGUAUUAGCAUUCACCAGAACACAUCAUUAGUAGGCUAUUGUUUGGGGCUUAUGCAUACAGGUGCUCCACAGCUUACAGUGGUUAGACUUAUGUUAUUUUGAGUUUACGAUGGUGCAAAAUCAAUUACUUUGGAGAUGAAACUUAAGAUAAUUAGCCAGCAUGAAGGCAGCAAGUCUGUAACUUGUAUUCAUGUACGUAUUUGUUUUUUUAUUACCAGUAGUUAGUUAGUUACAGUAAUUAUUUGUUUAUUUACUUCUUCAGCAACAGUAGUUAUUUACUUAUUUAUUUAGUAUAUUCAUAUUUGACAUACAAUAUUUUUGAUUUGCAAUGGGUUUGUAGGAAUGCAACCCCAUCAUAAGUCGAGGAGCACCUGUAUAGCAAUCACUUGUCACAUCAAGGCUCUGGACUGGCUACCUUUCUUCUGCAUGGAUUGGCACCAUGUGACAGUGUGGGAUGGGAGACCUUUUAAGUCAAAGUUUAUGUAUUGUUAUGUAUGGUGUGCAUGCAUGUGUAAUCCAUAAUUAUAUGAGGUUACUCAUAUAGAGUUGAUUUGCAUUGUAUUCUAGGCCCUUAGAAUGCAAAAUACUUUUAUUUAAGAAUUUUUUAUAUAAAUAUUUGUAAGCAGUGAUUUUAUUGAAGAUGUAUAGGUUUAUUUAAUAGCUGUUUGUACAGCAUUACAUAAUUUGUACCUGAGUUAAUUUUUUAUAGAUUGCUCUAGUUUAAUAUUUGAUAGUUCAACAGACUAAUCAUAUCAGUGCCAUAAAUGGGUAAAAUGUCUUCAUUCUUACAUUUGUAAAAACACUUGCUCUCAGAGGUUUUAUUUUUACAUAUUUUAUUUACUUAAAUAUCCCCCCCCCCCCCACAAAAGAGAAAGAGAGCCUAAAUAUUUAUAUUUUGUGCAGCUACAAUGAUCCUAAGACAUUUUACCUCCUAUAGAAACUGAAUUUAGUAAUUUUUAACAUAAUAGUGUGCACAUGUUACAAACUACAAUUGUAGUUAAAUAGUCGUCUCCUGUAUAUGAGUGUUACCAACCUCUAUGUAAUCAUAUCUUCACUACUCACACAGUGUUACUCUCUUAUGUUAAAUACUAUCAGAUAUUUUGUCUGGAAAUCUUUUAGUCAUGAAGAUAUCAGCUCCUUUAAUUUAUUGUAGGCAGUAUUCAGAAAUCUCAUUGCACGUUUCUGGUACAGUAAUUCACUUGGUUAAUUAGAACAGAAGUAACUUGAAAUACAAGAUGGUAUUCAAACAAUUAUUGAAACAGGAAGGAUAAAUGUUCUUGAAAUGAAUAAUAGACUUUAUUUUUAUAGAGAAAGAGAGAGAAAGGCUUAUAAUAUAAUUCAUUCUUCAUUUACUGCUAUACUUGAUGAAAUUAAAAAAAAUAAUUAUUUACCCUUUCCAUGGGUUAGUUAAGUAAAAACUGUCUUUGCUCUCUUUUUAGAAUUGAAGGGUUUAAAAUUAAACUUGAAUAUUUAUUGUACUUCUCACCUCAUUAUUUUAUUAUUGAUUAUUAUGUGAUUAUGAAAUAUUAAAUAAAUAAUAAACUGAAAUAGUAAUUAGCUGAUUUCAUUUGAUUUUAUUAUUAAGAAGGAAACAUCCAUUGACACCUGUUAUCUGUUUUAUUAGUACAGUAUCAUAAUUGCAUAAGUGCUCUUAUAGGAGGAAUUCUAAACCAAAAUAUUAAUGUUGGUAAUUUUUUUUAACAUGUCAGCCAUCUCCCACAGAGGCAGGGUGAUAAUAUUUAAUAAUAAUAAUUAUUUAAUUCUAGGUAGUAGGUUGGUAGACAGCAACUGCCCAGGGAGGUACUACCGUCCUGCCAAGUGAGUGUAAAACUGAAGCCUGUAAUUGUU